AUGGAGCCCCAGCCGGAGACAUUUCAUUUGUUCGGGGGGCUUUUUGUUUCCGACCCUCAACGAUGCUUACUCCCAGAAGACCAGUCGCUAGUGAAUCGAGUAAUUGCACUCAUGCGCGACUUUGAGCAAGCCCUUCCAGAUGUUAUUGAGACAUCGAUUCUGCACAUCAGCGGCUCGUGA